AUGACAAACACACUGUUAGAUCAUCAGUUUGUACCAUUUGAUUGUAGAGGUAACCGCCUGAUAGCCAAGCCCAUAGGUUAUUCCUCUGCACUAGGACAGAAAAUGACGCUCUCAACAAACAGCUUAACAACGACGAAUUCCGGGAAUAUCAUCGACUCUAAUAAUAAUCCACUCCGUAAAAAUAAGUAUGCUGAUAACGAUAUCGAAAAUAGUGGUUCCGCAAACGAUGGUGUAAAUGCAGAUGCAGGUUCUUUGCAAGAAAGUAAGCGAGCUGGCAGUUUUUCGGUUUCACCCACAACGGCAACGGUAACGGCGACGAAAACGGCGACGAUGGAUGGUGUUGGUACUACGGCUUCUAGUUCACAUAGUCCAGUUUGCAAAAACUGUCAUACUUCUACGACACCACUUUGGAGAAGAGAUGAGCAUGGGGCAGUUUUAUGCAACGCGUGUGGGCUGUUUUUAAAAUUGCAUGGGAGGCCAAGACCUAUCAGUUUGAAAACGGAUGUAAUUAAAUCUCGGAACAGAAAAACGCUGCAUCAGGAUGUCGGCACCAACGGUGAUAAGCGACGCAGGGACCAUUCUGUCCCACCACCACCACCACUAGGGAUUCAAAAUUCUGUGGUUAAUAAUAGUGAGUUGGGUGGGAAUUUUAGUAAUAAACUCGGUAAAAAGAGACAGAAGGUGAUAUCAAGCUCUACAACUCCCUACAAUCAUUCACUGACGGUCUCUGGAAGUUUAGAUUCGGUCAACUCAGAAAGCACUACGAUUUCAAGUUUUAACAGUUCAGUAACAUCUGGUAGUCUGGAAAUGCCGAACUGUUCUCAAGAUCGCAACUCACUCCCCCAAUUGUCCACGUUGUUGGGUAACGUCCAUUCUCAUAAUGAUCAUUUGCAUUCGAUUCACCUUCAAAAUCAGAGUCGAGCCCACAGUUACGUUCAACCGAAGAUUGAAAGUCAUAUUCAGUCGGGGAUACGAUCGCUGUCUGGUCCUCCUCCACAACACUACCACCAGCAACCUCGCAAGCAGUCUUCUGUCUUGUUGUCCCCCAAGUCAGCACCACGAUACAGUCCUAACGUUCAUUCCCCUUUGUCCAACCAAAUGGAGGGUAACGCUACUCUAAUUGGAAUAAAUCAUAUUGAUGUACAUUCCCCUAAUUUGGCUCCCAUACAAAGGAACUCGACUACUUUAAAGGCACCAAUCAGCCAGCUGCUCAAUGGUGGCAAGACUUCUGAGCAGCCCAUUGCUGCGCCAGUCAUAUCCUCCAACUCCUCCGCACUCAGGGCCUCCUUGGCUACAAAUAUUCCGUCCACAUCCACUACAGGCUGUGACCUACGCAAACACCAGCAGCAAACCCAAGACAGUUAUUCAUCGUACUCUUAUCCUCUCCACCUGUCCCCAAUGAGUUCAACUCAAAGACCGCAUGUCGGUAGCAUCAAAAAAUCAGUGACUGCCGAAACGCUCAACAACAUUACACCCAACAACGGAAGUAACAUUACCACCACCUCCUCAACUUAUCCCUUGUCGUCAUCUCAAACUAUGAGCAAUCCUCCCAAUGACACACAAAUACCGCUUUCCCAAGUCUUUCAACUGCAAGAGGAAGUCAUCAAAUUAAAGACAAGAUUAAACGAACUAGAACUUAUCACAGAUUUGUACAAAAGACAUAUAUUUGAGUUGGAUGAUAGAUGCAAAUCUCUUGAGAUAAAGCUUCAAAUGCAUAAUUAA